GGCAAACGCAAAGCCGCGCCAACUAGCUUUCGGAUAGCUCACACGAAGACUGACGAGUCCUCGAGCGUGUCAGAGACUGAGAGCGAACCUUCGGCAUAUGAGUCGCAGUAUUCAGAUGACGAGCUAUCGGGCGAUGAUAACGACGGCUACUCCUCAGAAGGAGAACUCAAACUCGAUGCCUCUGCUAUGCAGGCGAACGAUACCCCAGACCUUGGACUCUCUCGCCUCAGAGUGCAAGGCGGCGGUGUAUCGACUCCUGCACGCGCCUCCUUCGUCCUGGUGAAUGGCGCGCUCGUACAAAAUGAGAAGAAGAAGAAGGCGAAGAACUACGCAUGCACAUGGCCGGGAUGUGCUAAGGCUUAUACGAAGCCUAUCAGGCUAGAGGAGCACGAAAGGAGCCACACUGGCCAUCGACCAUACCAUUGCGAGGAAUGCGGACAAUCCUACAUGCGCGAUACCCAUUUUUCUGCUCACCUACGCUCGCACCGACCCGACUUAGAGAAACCCUAUGUGUGCACCGAAGAGUCUUGCGACAAGCAUUUCUGGACCUCUUCGCAGCUCAAAGCGCAUGCGGCGACACACCGAGGUGAAAUGCCCUUCGCAUGUGACCAAUGCGAAGAUCGAUUUGCGAAGAAUGCACAAUUGAGGAGGCAUGUGGCGGUCAAGCAUUGUCCACCAGGGACAAAGGUGUUUAGGUGUAUACAUGAGGGGUGCACGAAAAGCUUUGCUCAUAGUGCAAAGCUGAGAGCACAUGAGAGGAAACAUGACACUGAACGCUAUGUCUGUUCACAUCCCUCAUGCUCCUCGCUAGACCGUUUCCCUACAUGGACCGCUCUCAGACGCCAUGUACAGGAAGCGCAUCCUCCUACAUGUCCCUACAAGAUGUGCAGAGGGAAAAUGUUCAGCAGAAAAGACAACUUAAGAGCGCACAUGAAAAUGCAUGAAGAGGGUCAUGCACUUGAUGAGUCUGGAGAAGAGAGCGAUGAGAGUGACGAAGGUCGUCGCAAGAGGAGGAAGAAUGGGGGGGAGUGGAAGUGUGGAGAAGACGGAUGCACCAAGUCCUUCCGCGCUCAAGCUGCCCUUAACAAGCACAAACAAAUUUCCCAUCUUGGCUUGCGGCGUUUCGCGUGCAAUGUGCCCAAAUGCGAAUAUACAUGUGGGUAUAAGCAUGUCCUACAAAAACACAUUCAGCGACACCAUGCCCCCGUCAGUGCGGCAAACGAUGUUGAUCCGGAACACAGAGAGAGGAUCAAGGUAGAACAGGAAGAUAUAUUGCUCUCGGCUGACAACCGAUUCAUUCCGGUCCCAAAUGUGUGCGCCCAGGAACCAUCACCUGAGGACAUCAUCUCCCUCCUGACGGGCGCACCGCGACACGUUCAACCAGCUCGGCGUAUUCUCCCAUGCCCCUUCCCCGACCUGCUCGAGCAACCCUUCGACACCGAGCGACGUGGAACAUGCGUCUGGACUUGUAGCAGAGUGUACGACUUGUGGCGGCAUUUACGUCGGGAGCAUGGGUUUGAUUGCGAGAGGUCGGUGUUGGAGACUUGGGUUAAGGAAGGAGAAGAGCGAGCGGUGUAGCUAUGCGUUGCUUGAGUAAUGGCGCAGCUCCUUACAGAAAGGAUUUGUUUAUUGAAUUGUAUCCUUGCAUAAUCGCCCUUGAACGUCGUCCCAAUAAUCAUAGAAAGUUUUUCUCGGGGUGACUGUUAGAUCCUGUUCAUCCUGGGUCGUGGGCCCAUCAACCUAGCUGCUUCCCGUGUCGAAUUCAUUUAUCUUGCCUACGUCAAACGGUGAUGAACUGUGCUGUCGGCCCGUCUUAGUAGGUCUCGUUCCCAUCUGAAGGUGGAGCGAGGAAUUCUUGGCAUCCUUCGUAUUAUGUUUCAUACAGAAUUAACGCUUGCAACAUUGUUAUGGAUUGUGUUUUCGCAUAUAGACAAGGGGCUCUGAAGCCAAGGUUAGAGCGUCCAAGGUUACUUCUUGAACUUCUGCCUCCACACUCCCUUGUCGUUGGAAGGUACUCCAAGGAGUACCAUUCAACGACGAGCAUGUGAAGGCUGCCUUCUUGUUCCACAUUCUGUGUCAUUUUGUGAAUUUGCAUUUUACUGCGUUGUCUGAGAUGUCCUGCUGGUCCAGCAUGGUGCUCUGUAUGAUAUGCAGCGGUGAUAUGUAUGAGUCUGACGGGAAGCCGCGUAUACGUGUUUCAAGAAUUUCCCUGAUAGACGUGCCACUAUAGGAUUGCGUGCUAGAAGUUUUGGUCAGGAGUCUACAUAACAGAUCAGGACAGUCUGUUCGGUAAGAGACGCGCCGCACGUCUAUCAUCCUAUCCAGUAACUUUGAUCAAGAUCGGUGUCGACCGGAAUGGUAUUGCAAGUCGGACACAGUGCCCGAGUUGUACUGGCGGGCAAGCCGUUCAUGUGGAAGGCGUCGACGACCGUCCUGUGCCCGAAGAUAAACCGAUUGUUGGUAUUGACCGCGGCGCGGAGUAUCCAAAGUCGAGCAUCGGCACCAGUGCUGAUGGAUCUCUUCCAUUCCACGUUGUUUCCACAGGUCGCGUGCAAAAGCUGACCGCCAAUCAGAGUACAAGCAGGAGUGCAACAGACUUGCAGCCUGAUUUUUCUGUCCUUCCUUCAGAGCGCAGAGGUUGCACAAGAACGAUGCAGUCGCCACUUCUGGAUCGCAGGAUUUCGAGAGGCAGGAUCAGAUGUUGCUAGAUCUU